AUGUGUCCCCUGGGCUGGCUGGGGGUGGCCAGCCUGUGCCUGGGGACACUUUGGGCUGUCCCAGCCAAGGAGAGGAGGAAGGUGGAGAAGCCCAAGGCUGAGCUGACCCUCUAUGAAAACCUGGAUUUGGACAGCUACGACGUGACCUUGGAUAACUACGGGGACAUCCUGGACCUGAGCAACUACGAGGAGCUCUAUGACUAUGGGGACCUUGUCCCGAAGAUCGAGGUUGGCACCUUGGCUCCUCGCCCCAAGGACCCCAAAACCCUCCCAGAGCUGGGUGAAACCACGGCUGGAACCCCAAAUCUGCAGCCCCCGAGCGGUGCUGGCCCCGUGCCUCCUGCGCCCAUCCCCGGGCAGGGGCUGCCCAGCUGCCUGCUGUGCCUGUGCCUUGGCUCCUCCGUGUACUGCGAUGACGCCGGGCUGGAGCGGAUCCCGGCGCUGCCCCCGGACACCGCGUACCUCUACGCCCGCUUCAACCGCAUCGCCGCCGUCCGCGCCGGCGACUUCCGCGGCCUCGAGAAGCUGAAGCGCAUCGACCUGAGCAGCAAUUCCAUCUCGUGGGCGGACGCGGACGCGUUCCGGUGGCUGCCCAGCCUGCAGGAGCUGCUGCUGCCCGAGAACCGCCUGACGGCGCUGCCCGAGCUGCCCCGCAGCAUCGUCCGCCUGGACGCGCGCCUCAACCGCAUCGCCAGCGCCGGGCUGCGCCCCGAGGCCUUCCGCGACCUGAAGCAGCUGCAGUUCCUCCAUCUCUCCGAUAACCAGCUGGAUUUUAUCCCGGUGCCCCUUCCCGAGAGCCUGCGCUCCCUGCACCUCCAGGGACACGCGGGUGACACCCGAGCGGGGCAGGGAGCGCCGCUGGAAACCUGCCCCGGGUGCCUCGGCCGGAUCCAGGCGCUGCCACCCCCGGCCGGGCUCCGGGAGCGCUCCGAGCUGCUCCGUGUCACUGCGAGCCGCCUGACACGGCCGCUGGUGACAAAGCCGGUUAAUGUCGCCGUGGCCCCGGGGCUGGCAGUGGCCCCGGGCCAGCGGAGGCAGCGGGAAGGGCUGCACCGACCUUGUUGGCUGAGCGAGCCCCGGAGCUUGUUAAUGAUCACAAUUCAUGAUUACCGUUCAUCAUGGAUACGAUGA